AUGAACGAAAGACAAAAGGCUGAAUUAGAAGGAAAUAAAGGAAAAAGUUUAUUUUGCAAGAUUUCACUUAAUGGAUCAUAUGGUUACGAUGCAAUGAAUACACAAAAUUACGCAAAGACUAAAAUAAUGAAUGCACAGAAGUCACGCGUUGCAUGUAUGUCAAAUAAGUUUAAAAACAUAAGAGAAAUAGGUGAAGAUACAUAUCAAGUGAUGCUUAAAGAUAGAUUUUAUAGAUGUGAUACAUGUUUACAAGAGGCAUUCUUCACUUUAGAUAAUGCUAAAUACUGGUAUUUGGUUUUCAUUUAUGAUUUUAUGUAUAAAUGCUUGAAUGUUAAUCGUUUUCAUUUCAUUGAAGGUGAUACUGAUUCAUCUUAUUGGGCAAUCGCUGGCGACCCAAAUCUUCCUAACACUCAAGCAUUUCAAGCAAUUGUUACUGAUAAACAAUUUUAUGAUAAAAACAUUUUCAAAUUCGCACCAUUUGAUUUCUUCUGUUUUGAUGAGAAAUUUAAACCUAAAUUAAAGAAUAAAGCUGAAGAAAAAGCACAUGAGAAGAAGUUAUUGGGUUUAGCAAUUGAGAAACAAGGUGAUAACAUGGUUGCUUUAUGCCCUAAGUGUUAUACAUCAUUCAACGGUUCAAUUGAUGGAAGUGAUUUUAAAAAGAUUGCACAAAAAAUGAAAGGUGUUAGUUUACGACAAAAUAAACAAUUAACACCUAAAAAUUAUUUGGAUAUAA